CACGGCGGCUACGGAGGCGGCCUCAGUCCCGACACAAGCGACCGGGACUCACCGGAGACGGGUGAAGAGAUGGGCCGCGCCGAGGGCGCCUGGCCGCGGGGCCCCAGGCCGGGAGCAGUGCAGCGGGAGGUGGCGGAGUUGGCGGCGCGGGGCCCGGUGGCCGGCCCGGAGGAGGCAGCGGAGCUGGCCGAGGCCCCCGCAGCAGCGGCCGGGGAGGUGCGCGGUGGCGUUGGCGUUGGUGGCAGUCGCAAGAAGAAGACGCGCACGGUCUUCUCCCGCAGCCAGGUCUUCCAGCUUGAGUCCACAUUCGACCUGAAGCGCUACCUGAGCAGCGCUGAGCGCGCUGGCCUCGCCGCCUCCCUGCAGCUCACCGAGACCCAGGUCAAGAUCUGGUUCCAGCCAGCCGCAGCCGCCGCCGGGCCCCCGGCCGCCCUGCCCUUCCCGCUGGCGCCUGCCGCGCCCGCGCCGCCCCCGCCGCUGCUCGGCUUCUCCGGGGCCCUCGCCUAUCCGCUGGCCGCCUUCCCGGCCGCCGCCUCCGUGCCCUUUCUGCGGGCGCAGAUGCCUGGCCUGGUGUGA